UGGCACUUGCAGGUGUAGCGCAUCCCAGUGGAAGUACCCGUCAGCAUUGUCAGUGCUACUAUUCCGUGGGUGCCCUGAAAAUCUCACGUCCAAAGUGGCUAAGAGCGUAAGUCCCCGUCGUGCGCACCAGGAGUGCUCCAGCGGGGUGGACGGUGUGCAGGUGCAGGCGGCGGCGCAGGUGCAGCAGCAGCAGGAGAGACGAACACCGAGGCGCAUGCCUUACCUGGGGCCUGACAUGACAACCCGGCUAUCCGCCAUGUUCUACACGGUCGAGGUCGGGGACACCAAGUUCACCAUCCUGAAGCGCUACCAAAAUCUCAAGCCUAUCGGAUCGGGCGCGCAGGGGAUAGUCUGCGCGGCGUACGAUACCGUCACUGCGCAAAAUGUGGCGAUCAAGAAGCUAUCCAGACCUUUUCAAAACGUGACACACGCGAAGAGGGCCUACAGAGAGUUCAAACUCAUGAAGUUGGUCAAUCACAAAAACAUAAUCGGUCUCCUGAACGCGUUCACACCGCAACGGUCGCUGGAUGAGUUUCAAGACGUGUAUCUGGUGAUGGAGCUCAUGGACGCUAACCUAUGCCAAGUGAUCCAGAUGGAUCUGGACCACGAGCGUAUGUCGUAUCUCCUCUACCAGAUGCUGUGCGGCAUCAAGCACUUACACUCCGCCGGCAUUAUCCACAGGGAUCUAAAGCCAAGCAAUAUUGUCGUAAAAUCUGACUGUACGCUAAAGAUUCUCGACUUUGGCUUGGCGAGGACCGCCGGUACCACAUUUAUGAUGACGCCCUAUGUCGUCACACGAUAUUAUCGGGCGCCUGAGGUGAUUCUGGGCAUGGGUUACAAAGAGAAUGUGGACAUCUGGUCGGUGGGGUGCAUCAUGGGCGAAAUGAUACGCGGUGGCGUAUUAUUUCCGGGCACGGAUCACAUUGACCAGUGGAACAAAAUAAUCGAACAACUUGGUACACCGGCGCAGGAAUUCAUGCAACGACUGCAGCCGACCGUCAGGAAUUACGUAGAGAACAGGCCACGAUAUCCAGGCUAUCCCUUCGAGAGGCUAUUUCCGGAUGUCCUAUUCCCCUCGGACUCCUCAGAACACAAUAGAUUAAAAGCGAGCCAAGCCAGGGAUCUAUUAUCGCGCAUGCUCGUGAUCGACCCGGAGCGACGCAUUUCCGUGGACGAGGCGUUGCUGCACAAUUACAUAAACGUCUGGUACGACGAGGGGGAAGUCAAUGCUCCUGCACCAGGUCCAUAUGACCAUAGCGUGGACGAGAGGGAACACACGGUGGAUCAAUGGAAGGAGCUGAUCUAUCAGGAAGUGAUGGAAUACGAAACAAGCCACAAUGCCGCGGCGGUUGCUCAGUCAUCAGAAAGCGCUGGGAGUCGGUAG